CGCAAUGGAUCCGAGCGGCGACGGAUCCCCUCCUCCUCCUCCUCCGGCGAUCGUCGGCGCCGCCGCGGUGGUGCCGUACGCGCCGUUCCCAGCUCCGCCGCCGCCGAGGGAGGCGUUCUGGGCGGAGCAGUGGCGGGAGGUGGAGCGCACGGUGGACGUGAGGGAGCACAUCCUCCCCCUGGCCCGGAUCAAGCGCAUCAUGAAGGCCGACGAGGACGUGAGGAUGGUCGCGGCCGAGGCGCCCGCCCUGUUCGCGCGCGCCUGCGAGAUGUUCAUCGUCGACCUCACCUUCCGCGCCUGGGCCCACGCGCACGAGAACCGCCGCCGCACCCUGCAGAGGGCCGACGUCGCCGUCGCCGUCGCCCGCACCGACGUCUUCGACUUCCUCCUCGACGUCGUCUCGCUCCACGACCACCCCGCCCCCUACGCCGACUACUACAUCCACCCGUAG